AUGAACCAUCGUCGUCACCCCGGCCCCCAGUCGCCGUCGUGGCCGCCGCUGCCCUGUGAACCCAAGCCGUGCCCAUACGGGCUCGAGAGUCAGGAUGCUCCAGCACUGCUGCCGCCACCUUCCGCCACCGGCCGGCGUGAGCACCUGCUCCACCUGGUCAGCCGCACUCGUCUGCCGCCGGCUCCCCGCCGCCGGAGCUCCCUGUCGGCCGGACCUGGGCCGUGCUCUCAUCGGCUUGGUGCGGCUAGGGCAUCAUUGCUCGCUGCAACUGCCGCCUUCCGUUGCCGGCUGACGCGCUCCCCGGCCUCCCUCCAUCGCCCGCACCUGCCUGCCUCCCGGCCGCCGCCAGCCGUGCCUGAGCUCCCCAUGCGAAAUACCCUGCGAACCCCGCCCCAAGUGCCCACCCUCCGGGCCCUCCCGACCCGCCGUCUGCCGUCCGAGCCGGCGUCCGCGGCCCCGCAGCCGAAAACCCGCAGGGAAGGCCCCCCCCCUCGCCGCGCCCCGGCUUCAGCGUCGAGCCCGCCACCACGAUCGAACCCUACGAGGGAUCGCCGCAAAGGCCCGCCGCGGUACCUCGAUCGCCGAGCCUGGGAGAGCGCGGAUAGGGACGAGAGACGGAGGUUAGGGAGAGGAAAAGAGGGGAGAGAGCCGGGGGAGCGGAGAGAAGGAGGAGACCCGGGGAGGGAGAAGAAAAGAGCAGAUCCCGAGGAAGAGACAGGGGGCGACCGCCGACAGCGCCACGCGCUCCAGCCGGCGCCGGUCGGCCAGUGUAAUGGCACGCGGGCGCCACUCCUCACAGCUCCGUGCGGGCGCGGGUCGCGCGUGCCAUCGGCGCCGGGGGGCGCCCGCACCGCCACCGGGCAGCGGGAUCGCAACAGCGUGGGGCGAGAAAGCGUGGACGUCCUAGAGCAGGAGUGA